AUGCGCGCCUCGGUCCUCCCCCGCGCGUCUCCGAACGCCGCGCGCGCGCCUUUCGCGCGCGCCGACGCUCGGCUUCAGAGCGCGCGCAGCCGCCGGCCCGUUCGAAGCGCUCGCGCUCGCGCCGUGGCCUCGGACGCCCCAGCGCAGCCGUCGAGCGGGCGGUUGAAGAGCUUCGCCACGCUCCCGAACGUCCCGGCCGAGCGCGUGCGUUGGGUGGACGACGUCGAGGGACUGCGCGCGGCGACGGACGCGGUGCGCGCGCUCGGCGGCUCGGGCGAGGCGUCCACGAGCGCUCGCGCGCCGCCGUGCAUCGGACUAGACGCGGAAUGGCGACCGGGCGAUAACACCCCGGUGGCGCUGUUGCAAAUCGCGACGCGAGGGGAGGUGUUCUUGGUGGAUUUAUUGGCGACGGCGCCGCGGAGCGCGGGCGAGGCGUUGAACGACGCUACGGAUGAGCUCUUGCAAGCCGUGUUGUGGAGCGAAGACGUCUACAAGCUCGGAUUUAGUUUCGCUUACGAUAUCAAACGGAUGAAAGCCUCGUACUCGCAUCUCAAGGUGUGGUCGGAGAGAAGCAAGAACCUGGUGGAUGUGAAGCAGUUGGCGUUCGCGUCGAGUCCAAGCAAAAUGUCGCUUCGCUGUGGAUUAGCCGUGCUAACUCGCCAGGUCACCGGUUUUACGCUCGAUAAGAAGGAGCAGUGUAGUGACUGGGGGAAGCGUCCGCUCACCGAGGGACAGAUCGCGUACGCUGCGGCGGAUGGCCACAGCUUGUGCCUCAUUUUUGACAAGUGCCUCGAGAUGAUAUUAGACGAGGCUGAGAUUCCUCGUGUGCUUCGAGAGGUAAUAGAUCUCGGUGAGCCCUUGCGAGGUCUUCCAAGAACGGUGAAGAAAAUCCGAGUCAAGGCUCAAAAGAACGCGAAAAAAGCUGCGAAGCGAGGAGGUCAAGGGAAAAUGUGUCAGUUUGCGCGAGAAACUCCCAUCGAGAAGGCAACCGCGGACGUCGUGAACUCACUGGACAGCGUCGGGAUGACGCUGAGUGGCGGACGAAAGGGUGCCGUAGAAUUGCUCUCUCCGGACGUUCCGAUUCGAUCGAAAAACGACGGUCGGAACGUGGACACGUGGGCGAACGCUGUGUCGGUAUUCAUUUCUGUCGGCAAGCCACAGACAAAGGGACCAACAUCAUUCUGGGAAAAGGAUGGCGAAUUGUACAUGAAAUGGGACGGUAGAUCCGCGGGAGCGCUCGAGGACGACGUCGAACGUGUGCGUCGAUCGAAAUCAGCGGAGUUCACGGGAGAGUCAAGCGGGCCAGCGUCGACUGAUAACGCGCUCCUCUUCAUGCGACGACCUCCGGGUCAGUUUGUCUUUUGCGGCCGUCUCGAGGCGCUCAAGGGAGAUGAUUCCUCCGGUGAAUCCCCUGUGUUGACUCGUUUGGCCGAUGCCGAACGCUUACGCGCGAGUGACACCUAUUUUCAGCUCAUCGGUUGCAGGCUCUCCGAGCGGGCGGAGUAG